AUGGGGAACGCAAACUCACAGAUGCUUGAUAGCAUCGUCAGCGGUUCGAACUUCGACCGAGAUGAAGUCGACCGGUUGCGCAAACGCUUCAUGAAACUCGACAAGGACAACUCGGGCACCAUCGAACGCGACGAAUUCCUCUCCCUCCCCCAAGUCUCCUCCAACCCCCUCGCCACCCGCAUGAUCGCCAUCUUCGACGAAGACGGCGGCGGCGACGUCGACUUCCAAGAAUUCGUGUCCGGCCUCAGCGCCUUCAGCUCCAAGGGCAACAAGGAGGAGAAACUCCGAUUCGCAUUCAAAGUCUACGACAUCGACCGCGACGGCUACAUCAGCAACGGCGAGCUGUUUAUCGUGCUCAAGAUGAUGGUCGGCAGCAAUCUGAAGGAUCAACAGCUACAGCAGAUUGUGGACAAGACGAUCAUGGAGGCGGAUUUGGAUCACGAUGGCAAGAUCAGCUUUGAGGAGUUUACCAAGAUGGUGGAGAAUACCGAUGUGUCGAUGAGCAUGACCUUGGACCAGUUUUAG